GCUUCUGUAUAAAACAAAAUUAUAAAAAAAAAAGUUUUUAAAUCAAGGAUUUGAGAAUUAUUUUCCGUAAGAAUGUAAUUAUAAUAAUGAGUAGAAGCUAUUUCAAGCAAAAUGUACAUUAUGUAUCCAAUUUUCAAGUAAAAUAAAACUAAUCUCUUUGUCUGGCAAAUUCCCAUAGUGAAGUGAAGCAGGGAUCGGAACCGGUUUUUUGCAAAAACAUCGAAAUAACCAUAUAUUUCGGUUUAUUUUAUACUCAAAAUGUAGGACUCAGUUGUGUUUUUAGAUAACGACUUCGUAUUAUUAGAUUGCCCGAUUAGGAAUGAAAUAAUUAACAAAGAACGAAAAAAUACCGUUUUCGUUCCCAUACAAAAAAUACCGGUUUCCGAUCCCUGAAGUGAAGAAUGCAAAAUUGAAAUGAAAUCAAUAAUGAUAUAAUAAAAAUUUCAACAAGUCAAAAUAUGUGCCAGCUAAAGGGUUAUGAUUAGUAGUAGUUAAUAAGGCUUUAAAGCUAGAACUAUGCAAUAAAUUGCCUUAAAAUGUCACAAUUUAUCAAAAUGCCCAUGUCUAUUGAGAGCAAAGAAUAUAAUACUCACUAGGAGAUUGAGAGCCUGUAUACAAACCACUGGUCAGGGCGGAAGUUUUUCGAACGGCGAACCAAAAAACGUUUUUAGCAACCUUAAUGUUAUGUUUAAUUUACUGCCAAAGUUUUCGUAGCGCUACACUCGUAACGAUCCUGGCGUUUUCCCGCUUUGUAGAGGAUUGUUUCCGGCACUUAAUGUGUUGAAAAGACCUACGCACUAACACACUACCAUGGCAACUAACAUGGCAUUAACUAGCAUGGCGGAGCGUGCUCGUCUUCUUGCUGCUGCGGAAUGGGAGUCUGGCCAGUGGUUACUAGUCCUCCCUUCUCCGCCGAUAGGAACGCUCCUAGAUAACGUUACUUUUCGUCUGGCUGCUAGUUUGCGGGUAGGGGCUGUGACUAAUGUCCCGUAUCGCUGCCAAUGUGGCUCCAUGGUGGACAGCCUUGGGCAUCAUGGCCUCUCCUGUAGUAGGAGUGCUGGUCGGAUUCCUCGUCAUGCUAGCUUAAACGAUGUCAUCCGAAGGGCUCUUGUCAGUGUAAAGGUGCCAGCUAUACUGGAGCCUGUUGGUUUUGCGAGGGAUGACGGCAAGAGGCCCGACGGCAUGACGCUGGUGCCUUGGAGUAUGGGGCGGCCUUUGGUUUGGGACGCUACGUGUGUAGACACUUUUGCCGCGUCCCACUUACCGGGCACCAGCAUUGGUGCUGGUAAUGCGGCUUCAACGGCCGAGGAUAGCAAACGGCGCAAAUACAGUAAGUACGCUCGGCAGUGGCUACGUGUUUGAGCCUUUUGGGAUGGAAACGUUAGCGUCAUGGGGGCCCAGCGCCCGGCGCUUUUAUAAGGGUUUAGCGUUGCGUUUGGUGGAUGCCACGGGUGACCAAAGGGCUGGUCAGUAUUUUGCCCAAAGAAUUAGCAUCGCAAUUCAACGGGGAAAUGCGGCCAGCCUGCUGGGCACACUGCCUGCUGGCGGCGAGUUAGAGGUGCUUUUUAUUUGAAGUAUUUUUUUAUGCGUAACGAUAACAAAAAGGUCCCUUUAUUUUAACGUGGAAGUAUGCAUCCUGCCUAGCCAGGGAACCAGGAAGUAAUAAAUAAUAUUUCUUUUCCGCACUAGUGCAUAAAUUAGCACAUUAUGUAACUGUCGAAAAUUUAAAGGGUCAUAUGUACUGUAAAACGUUGUAAAACGUGCGAAUACUCGAAUAGGUAAAUAAUUCGCAAUUCGUGUCGAUUUAAAACACGACCAAAGGGAGUAAUUUAUCGCCACUCGUUACGAAUUUCCUAUUUUUCGCACUUGUAUCGUAAAUAACUAUUACGUGUUUGGAUCUAUAGGCACUUACAGAAAAAAUAUCGUUAUUUUUAUAAUGAGAAGUGUCACUGAGAUAAUGUGUCAUUUACGAAAAUAUAUAGCCGAGUAAUUUUCGAUACAACACGAGAUUUCUUCCGUUUGCUGCGCGCGGCUUAAUACCAACCCUACUCCUAUACCAAUAGGAACUACACUUUCCUUAAUCGAGAAUUAACCUCCUGUUCUCCACAAGUCGUUUGCUUCAGUGAUGAUCAGUUAAUUGUAGCGCACAUUGCAGAUCUGAUACGUUCCGGGCCCGUUUGACCAUUCAAUUUAAUCCGAAUCAGGUCCAUCAUAAUAACGCCCGCUACCAUGAGAUCAGUUUAAAAUCUCAUCAGGACUAAUUCGCUUUAUGCUUCUAAUCAAAUUAAGGAUGGAAUGAUCCUUUCAUACGGAAGAAUAUUUUGGUACGUAUAUGUAUUAAAUUGGUCAAAUAAUACUAAAGUCAAUUUAGCACCGUCGAACAGCAAAUCCAACGUCUACGAAUAAAUUUCCUCUGUAUUAAGGUGGGAAAAAGGGCUACGGCCUACGGCGUAGCACAUGAUCGUAGGUAUCACUAGUAGUUUGUGUUACUGAACGUACUGAACAAAACUCAAACGUCAAAUUUCUUCAAACAAAAACGUCAUUUUUCACACUGACAUGUCCGAUCCAUAUCGUAUCUAGACCCAAUAUUUGACGUAUCUUAAAGUUCGAAUCGGGCAAAUGUGCAGGAUUUGAACUAUAAAUAAAUAUUAUUAUUUGUAUGUGAUGUACAUAAUUAUGUAACUCAGUGCAUCUCGUUUAUAGUUAAUGUUAUUAGGUAUAAAUACGAAGCACAGUUAAAGAUGGGUUACUUUUACUUAAGUAAGUGUGUCUGCCGGACAGACUGGUUUGUAGUCAAUCCAUAUUCAAAUGUGUUGUGUAUCUGGUUUAUUAUAGGUGCUUAUAUGAAAUCCACAUAGGUACGGUAUAUGACAGAAGUUUCCGUUUGACCCAAUGGUUGACUGGUAGAGAAUGCCUUAAGACAUUAAGUCCGCCAUUUGAUAUCGUCCAAUAAACUUUAAAUAAAUAAAUAAACACGUUUAUCCAAGUCAAACUGAGAUCAUGUAAAGCUAAACGACCAAACAAUAGCAUCUCUAAUGAAUCAAAUUUCAUCUUACACCAAAUUACUUCCCCUAAGGAAAAGUUGAAAACGAUAACAAUGCGACAGAAUAGCGAUAAUACCUCAGUACAAGCCGUCCCGGUCCCAUGACGUCCCCUGCCGCUCACACAAAAGCAGGGGGGCAGGGUAGGGGUAGCAACCACCCGGCCAAGCUCAGUCUCGCCGCAGCCUUCGCGCCGCGCGGACGUUCCACAUGCAUAUCCGCAACACAUCACCGAAACUGCUUUAACUCGUCAUGUGAUACAAACAUCAUCAAUAGCUCAAGAUCUAUUAACUAAAGCAAUAUUCGUAUAUAGUUUAUAACAUUAAAGUGUAUAAGAUUUGGAUGUGUUGGUCCUUUGUCGAGUUUCAAUAUGUGGCAGUUUGAGGACUCUGAGAUAUGUUCCAUAGGGAUGAUCCAUCCUUCCCACAGCCGCAACUCAGGCCUGUCGAUGCUGUCGGGGGUGUCACAGUUCUCAGGCAUAUCGACGCUGUCUGGUUGCGGCUCGCCGGAGCAGUUCGAACGGCUGCCGGAGCUGCCGGCGGCGGAGGAGCGGCGCCUGCGCCGCGCGGCCCAGGUCCUGCAGCAGCGGCUGGUGUUGCGGCAGUGGCUGGCCACGCACCGCCUACAGCAUGCAUAUACCAAAUUGCUAAGCCUAGACGUGUCUUCCCUCGAAGACGUGUACUGGCUAGAAGAUAGCACCGCGCGCCAUGUCCUAGACCCUAAGGACUUCGGCGCGUGGUCGGCGGCGCGCCAGAGUCUGCCCACCGGAAAGGACCAGCUACAGACCCUCAAGUCAGACCUCUGGAGCGCGGUUGUUAAGAACAGUAAACACCAGGAUGCUUGGACUUGGGGUGGCAUGCUGGUGGUAUCCGUGUCGGUGUGUGGGCUGGUCACGUUGGCCGCCAUGACGCAGCCUUCGUUGGCGCCUGAGGCCAAGCAUUCGUUGCUGCAGUACGUCACCGGGAAGUACUUGCACCCGCCUAGCUGUAAGGUGGAAUGGGGCUGGGAGGAGCCUCACCCUGUCGGAGAUACGAUGUGCUUCACAGUCCAGUGCUACCAGCGCAAUGGACAACCCUACCCAGUCUGUGAUACUGACGAGCUAGCGGUCACCAUCUCGCUCGGGACAAGAAAGAUGACAGCAGUCAUCGAGUUGGGGUCUGGCGAUCCCGCUCAAGCGCACACAGCGCGCGUCAAAUUCACCGUCCGGACUGCCGGCGUUUACAUUAUCGCUGUCACCAUAGGCGGCGUCAAUAUCAGCGGCAGCCCCUACCGGCGCUGGUUCACGGCGGGGCGCGUCGAGGCGCGGAGGUCGCGCGUGGCGCGCGCCGGCGCCGCGCUGGUGUGGUGCGCCGGCCACGCGCGCGCGCUGCACGUGCACCCGCGCGACCAGUUCGACAACCCCACGCACCCGCAGCCGGCGGAAGGCUUUUCAAUCCGGAUCAGCCCGCUGGGUGGUGCGGUGGACGAGCAGCUCUCCUCGUCGGCCGCCUUCCAGUACGAUGCAGUCAACCAGCGUGUCUCCAUGACUCUGUGCUUCCCGCAGGCGGGACUGUACAGAGCUGGCAUCUAUUAUGAAUCAGUUUUGCUACAUAACGGAGAAUUCGACUGCAUUGUGCUAACUGCAUCGGACACCGCAACGCUUCAACGCAACAUGUCGUCGAAACGCCACAUGUGGUGCUACGCGUGCCGCGCGCCGCCCCCGGCCAAGCCGCGCCGCGUGCUGUGCUGCCUGAGCCGCAAGCAGCUCGUCGUCAAGGACUACAUCCUCGGCUUCAUCCCGCGCCGCUCCACGGCCUUCCGUCUGUGCCCCUCCACCAAGUUAAUCCUCAAACCAAGUGAAGACAGUGCGGAAGAAGGCGCGUUCGCAUUAGACGAUGGAGUGCAGCCGCGAGUAGAGCUAGUGUCGGCGCAGCGCGACCUUAUCGCUGCCACCUUCGCGCAGCUCCUCGUUGCUAACUGCGGCGGCGAGGACACCUUCAAGAACAAGCAGGACUUCUUCUACAGCGAGGUUCGCAAGGCGCACGCACGGCACCCGCACGACAAGCUGGCCAUCCGAGUGUUGAGGGCAGAUCUCGUGGCCACCAGCCUCAAGGCCACGAGACACUUCACCGUGGCCGACUGGUGCAAGAACUUCGACGUCACCUUCCAAGGGGAACAAGGAGUAGACUGGGGCGGAGUGAGGCGGGAGUGGUUCUCUCUACUGUGCGGUACGCUGUUCGACGCCCGUUUCGGCCUGUUCGCGCCCUUCCACGACUCGCCCACCGGCCUCGUGCACCCCAACCCCGAACGGCCCAAGCACCUGAAGCUGAAGCACUUCGAGCUGGCGGGCAAGCUGGUGGGCAAGUGCCUGUACGAGAGCGCGCUGGGCGGCAGCUACCGCCAGCUCGUGCGCGCGCGCCUGUCGCGCUCCUUCCUCGCGCAGAUCAUCGGCCUGCGCGUGCACUAUAAGUAUUUCGAGCAAGACGACCCCGAGCUGUACCUUUCCAAGAUCAAGUACCUAUUGGAAACGGACCUGGACUCGGCCGAGUCCGUGCCGGAGAUAUACUUCGCGGAGGACGUGUACGACUCGUCCGGCCACUUGGUGGAGACGCACGAUUUAAUACCCAACGGCUCGACAAUACGGGUAACGAACAGCACAAAAAUGAAAUACUUGGACGCGCUAGCGCAAUGGCGGCUGGCGACGCGCUGUAGGCUCGAAACCGACGCGUUCCUGCGCGGCCUUACGCUGCUCGUGCCCGACAACCUACUCGCCAUCUUCGACGAGAACGAGCUCGAGCUGUUGGUGUGCGGCACGGGCGAGGUGUCGGUGGCGGACUGGCGCGCGCACGCGCUGGUGGCGGGCUCCGGGCGCAGCUGGGAGCGCCUGCUGGGCUGGUUCUGGGCCGCCGUCGCCAACUUCAGCGCGGAGGAGCGCGCGCGGCUGCUGCAGUUCACCACGGGCUGCUCGCAGCUGCCGCCUGCCGGCUUUCAGGAGCUGAACCCUCGCUUCCAGAUAACGGCGGCACCAACGUUCGGUGCACUGCCCACGGCGCACACGUGCUUCAACCAGCUGUGUCUGCCCGACUACGACUCGUACGAGCAGCUCGUGCACGCGCUGCUGUGGGCCAUCAACGAGGGCGGCGAGGGCUUUGGCAUGAUCUGAGCUAGUGAGGAUAACUUUAAGGACAUUGGAGCUGAAUGUUACUGGAUAUUGAGGAGAAGAGCGAGCGAAGCCUGGAGUAGUGCUGCCUUGUCACCUUGUAUUUACUUAUUUCUAGUCACGUCUCAAAGACUUUGAGUUUUUGCGUAUUUUAUGCUUAGAUAUUUUUGGCAUCUAAUUUUAUAUAUACCAUUAUAUACGUAUUUUACGUGAUAUUUUACGUUUAUGCAAAUGCUAGUUGUGUGUGGUCGCGCUGUCGUAAAUAACGUAGGUUGUGAAAAGGUAAUAAAAACUAGUGCAGUAUCUAAGUUGUGAAAAUUAGUAAAAAUGAUUACAAAAAGCACGAAGGUAUCGUCUAAUAUACGCGGUGCAACUCGAGGAAACCGAAGGAUUUUAACGGUGUUUUCCUGAUCACAUUUAGACACUAAAAUGUCAUAUAAACUUUUUUGGAUUUCGCCUAGUUUCAGAGUUAAUAUCAAUUAAAAAUACACAUCUUUUUAUAGUGACUUAGUUCACUUAGUCCAAAACGCCUUUUUGAUGGCGAUGAUAUCCAUUAUGGGGCGUAGUCUAAAUAUCUUUAUUGAUAGAAUGUCAAAAGUGAUUAGUAACCUGUGCAAAAACUAGGUUUGUCAAUAUUUUCAGUGCCAGUUUUACCAUCACAUGAACUUUUUAUGUACAAAUACAUUCACAAACACACAAUUUUUGAAAAAAACAAUUUUUUUUUGGCGAAAUUUACUUAAUUACAUUUUUUCCUUCUUUUGGCCUCAGAAGUGCGUGGUUAAAAUCUUUCGAGUUCCUCGCGUUACACCGUGUACAUAGCAGCCUGAGUUAUAUAUUGUACCGAAUGUACCUAAGGAGUAUCAGGUUUCAGAUUUUGGAGUAUACAAUUAGACCAAUUAUUUAAGAAAACGAAAAAUCGAACAUACAGAUUUCGAUCGAUGUUCAAAGCAAAAUAUUAGAUACUUUUAUGCUACUAAUAUGUUAUAUCUAGUAAGGUUGUUGUCUGCGUCAUAUUCGUAAUUGUGUCUUUAAACCUAAGUGCAAUAUUAGAUUACUAAGACAUGGCGGGUUGUUAUACACCGUCUAUAAUCGUAAGUUACGUUUUUUUGUGUUCCUUGGUUUUGUCACUAGUUAGCACUUUUAUUUAGUAAAUUAUUUUGUGUAGUAACUGCAGCCUAAACCAAAUGUUUGUGCAAUAUUUAUUUUUUAUCUUUAAUAAGCCAAGAGGCAAACCCCAAUUUAACAUAAGGUAUACAA